AUGGGGGCGAAAUGCGAAAACGCCUGUGUACUUAGAUUCAGGUGCACGUUAAAGAAUCCCACGUCCAAAUUUCCGGAGUCCUCCACUACCGCGUGCCUCAUAAUCAGAUCGUGGUUUUGGCAUGUAAAAUCCCGUAAUUUAAUUGACGGCUCUGUUAUCUACCGAAAUGCGCAGUGAAACAACGCUACCUGAGUACCUUCACUGCUACAGAUACACGCCAGUACAGCCACUAGGCGAAUCGUUCCUUUAAUAAAGCCAACAGCUUUCUAGAGGCGUUCUGAUAUUCGCUUACAUUUACAAUCAUCGUCCAUGGCUUCUACGCAAUUCGUUUUGUUUUAUUUUUAUUUUUUUCCAGCUCGAACCAGCUCGAGUCACGCGCAAACCACAGGCAGGGUCCGAGAAGAGGAAGACGACGACCAUCGGUGCCGCCUCGCGUCGACUGCCGAUCAAGCGGCGGUGCGGCGGCCCGAGCAGCGCGUCCUCUUCUCGCCGAUUGGCUGCGCUGUCGCGGCGAGCUAGCGGUAAGGAGACGGCCAUGAGGCGCUCCGGGUCUCGCACGGGGGCCACGCAUUCCGGCGCGGAGCUGUCCGCCCGGCGGUCGCAGCUGGCCACCGCCGCGCUGAGCUCCCCUAGGCCUUCCGCCUCGUCCGGCCUGGGCGGCGGGAGCCGCACGCUCCUCGCCUUCAGCAGCAGCCUCAGCAGCCACGGUGGCCCCGGCGGAAGCGUCCAGAGGCGCGUGUCGGCGCACUCGGGCCAGAACCUGGCGCCCUCGGGGUCCGCUUCGCACCGAAGCGCCGCCGGCCAUGGGAGAACCCUGAGCGCUACCGAGCAGGCUCAUCUGCGGAUGCUGUCGUCACGAAGCGACUCCGUCAUCCAUGACAUGACGCACUCGUCUGAGAGUAGAAUAGCUCCACAACAGAUGUCCGGGCAUGUCUUGGACACCCCCAUGUCCAUACAAAUAACACCUGUCAGCAGCGGAAUGGAGUCGAUGUUCGAAUCGCGCGCCUCUCGCGAUCAUAGGUUCCGGGACAGGGUCCGAAGCGGAGAGGGCAGCGGAAUCUUCCUUGAGCCGCAGCUGGAUGACAGCUCCUUCAGAAGGACACACCGCCAGAGCAGUUCGCAGACACGGCUGGCCCGCAGGUCCCUCUCGCGGUCUCCCAGCAGCCGCGAGGACAACGGACCACUGCAGGAGCUCGUCGAAGUCGAGACCGACGGUGCGUUGUCGAGAGAAAGGACAGUUGGCUCACCCGCGAGGUCGGCGAGCUUCCAUGGCUCAAGCGAAGCGAAGCGCGAAGCGACACGGAAGUCUUCCUCUUCGAUCGCAGCGAAUUCUAUGUCCACAAGAAGCCUGCUAAAGGAUGCACAGAGUUCCAGCAGCUCGAGACUGGUGCACAGUGCCCGCGCAGCAACUUCAACGGAGAGAACUUCAAGCACCCUCGGAACUACAGGCAACAGGGGAGCACUGACGUCGUCGUUCAAAACCGGCUUUGAAUCCUCGAAACGGCUCGAAUCUCUGCUAGAUAAAAGCAGAACUUCGCCCACCAGUCUGGGCGUGACGUCAAUGGCCGACAGUGGAUUUCAAAGACAAAAGCACGACGUGCUUGCUACACCACUGAGGCUGUCCUUGUCGGGAUCUGCUACAAAGACGGCAACUGAAAGCACAAAGGUUCGAAGUCAGCAGCAAACUAGCACCACGGCCAUUCGAGACACAGCACCCAUAGGCGUAGGUCUACUUGAAAGUACGAACGUUACCCAGGCUACAACGGCAGAAGAACGCGAAAAACCGCAAGUUGUUAUCACAACGGAGAGAACUGCGACGCAGGGCCCAGGAUGGUCUCAACAAGUGGUGUCCUCGAGGUGGAAAGUCCAGGAGACAGGUAGUGGAAGCGCUUCGUCAGAACCAAGACCUGGUACUUUGGCAGCAACAGACACCAAGACCGGAAUGUCGAUUUCCUCUAGUAAACCGGGCUCAGAUCCCAGAAAAUUCUUCAGCAACGCAACCGCAUCUAGAAUGCCAGGUUCAAGAGAGAAUACCAGUCUCAUGACUCCAAGCUUUCUUCAAGAAGGAACUUCAAGUUCACUCCUACAGCAGUCGGUACAUCGAAGCAGUUUAUUCUCGGACAAUGCGUCUGGUGCGUUGACAAGCUCUGCUCCAGCCCCAGUUCUUGUCCCAAGUUCUAUUGAAAAAGAAGGCUUCUCAAAUGCAAUAACGCAGCAGUCAUCAUUCCAAACGACUAUAUCCUCAGGCACGGAUUCUGAUAAAUCUGCAGUCAAUGCAGCGCACAGCGAGACGUUGGCUAAGUCUGAAGAGCAGGAGACGAUCCAACAAGCAGUUAUUGAGAAGACAGCUGCGGGUACAUUGAUUAAUUCGGAGGAAAAUGUUUCUUCGAUAACACCAAGUUCAGAUUUGGAAAAAACGUCAAAAUCACUCAUUCAAGAGUCAAUACACCGAACUGGCUUUCCGUCGAACAAGAUAACUUCUACAUCAACAGUAACCGAUACAACGGGCAAAACAUUAAGUGAUUCCACAAACGAAGGCGGUUUUCAGAACAGGCUUCUAGACAGGCCAGCAUUUAGUGUUUUAGGUUCAAGUGAAAAGUCUAGCUUUUUUGCAAGUUCUGCUCCGAAAAAAACAUCUUCAAGCACCGUGACACAAGAGUCCAUACGCCAGAGUACUUCCUUUUUAGACAAGACCGCUGGCACGAUGGCACCCACAGGUAUCGAAGGCACGACAUUAUCUACAUCCGCAAACUUGGCUGAACUUAGUCAGGACGUUUUUGACAAAUCAACAGCACCAGCCGUGCAUGACUUGCGCGACAGGCCUAGUACAUUGGCUUCUGGUACCUUAGAAAGAAUGUCUUCCAAGUCUGUUGUCCAAGAGUCCGUGAAAAAUGCGGAAUUACAUUCUGCGAAAGCAGCCACAGUCACCUCUGAAGGGUCGAACGAGAGCGAUAACCUCUUUAUGAGUUCUUUUCCAAAGGCGUCUUCAAAGUUGGUGAUACAAGAGUCUGUACAUCGCACUAUUUCUUCUCAAAAACCGCCGGGCAUCUCGACGAAUUAUGUAAAGAUCAUGGAGUCGAAUGCUGCUUCUGGAAGUGAGAACGCGCUUCAGCAGACCACCCUUGACAAGACCGCUGCGCCAGCGUUGCCAGACCUACAUAAAAAAACCAGUAUCUCGUCGCCUACCUUUUUUCAAAAAGCGUCUUCGCGAACUUCAGUUCAAACAUCUUCACAGCGAACCAGCAUCCCCUCAGAUAGAGCGCUAGAGACAGCUAGAGCUACUGAUUCUACAGGUGAUGUACUGACUAUUUCCACAAAGCAGGAUGCUCGUGAACAAGUUCUCGGCAACGCUGCGGUGUCGACACUAGCGUCGUCUUCCGAAAAUGUUUCACGCGUGGUUCAAGGGACAACUUCAAUGUCUUUAUUGGAAGAAUCGCAACAACGAACCAGUCUUCCUUCAGAGGGGCAAGCCGUCGGAAUUGCAGUACCAGCUUUAGGAGACAUUAGGGUGUCUUCUACGAAGCAAGACACUCUGACAAAUUUGAGCGGAGCGACUCUUGUAACCUCAGCUCCAGAAAGAACAUCUUCAAAAUCGCUCAUUCAAGAGUCUAUACACCAAACUGGCAUUCCGUCGAACAAGUUAACAUUUACAACAGUAACCGAUACAAUGGGCAAAACAUUAGGUGAUUCCACAAACCAAGACGCUUUUCAGAACAAGCCUCUGGACAGGCCAGCAUUGAAUAUGUUGGGUUCAAGUGAGAAGUCAAGCUUUUUUACAAGUUCUGCUCCGAAGAAGACAUCUUCAAGGACAGUAACAGAAGAGCACAUACGCCAGCGCAGUUCCUUUUCAGACAAAGCAGCUGGCACAACGGCACCAAUAGGUAUCGAAGGCACGACAUUGUCUACUUCCACAAACCAGGCUGCACUUCGUCAGGAGGUUUCGGACAAAUCAAGAGCACCAGCCAUACAUGAUUUGUCUGACAGGUCUAGUGCCUUGACUACUGGUAUUUUAGAAAAAAGAACGUCUUCUGUUGUCCAAGACUCCGUAAAAAAUCUGGAAUCGCAUUCCACGCAAGCAAUCACAGUUACUUCUGAAGGGACCAAGGAGAAUGCUAAUCUCUUCACUAGUUCUUUUCCAAAGGCGUCUUCAACAUUACUUAUACAAGAUUCUGUAAAGGCCGUGGAGUCGACUGCUGGUUCUGGAAACGAGAACGCACUUCAGCAGACCACCCUUGACAAGACCGCGCAGUCAACGUUGCUAGGCCUACAUGAAAAAACCAGUAUCUUGUCCCCUACCUCUUUUCAAAAAGCGUCUUCGCGAACUUCAGUUCAAACAUCUUCACAGCGAAGUAGCAUCCCCUCAGAUCGAGCUCCAGAGACAGCCAGAGUUACUGAUUCUACAGGCAAUGUACUGACUAUUUCCACAAAGCAGGUGGAUGGCAAGGAAGUUUUCUCCGAAAGACCAUUUGAUGCUAUUCGAGAAGAAAGACAUAGACUGCUCGAGCAGCGUUGGAAUGACGUGCCUGUUUCAAAAGAAAGAGAAGGGAGAACAGCAUCAGUGCAGGACAAGGGAACGCUUGAAAUAGCCCAGAGGACCACUUUGACGAUGGAUCAAGGCGAAACUAGAGCGCUAGAGACAGCAAGAGCUACUGAUUCUACAGGCGAUGUACUGACUAUUUCCACAAAGCAGGAUGCUCGUGAACAAGUUCUCGGCAACGCUGCAGCGUCGACACUGGCGUCUUCUUCCGAAAAUGUUUCACGCGUGGUUCAAGGAUCAACUUCAAUGUCUUUAUUGGAAGACUUACAGCGACAAACCAGUCUCCCUUCAGAGGGGCAAGCCGCCGGGAUUUCACUACCAGCUUUAGAAAGCAAUAAGGUGUCUUCUACAAAACAAGACACUUUGACAAAUUUGAGCGGAGCGACUCUGGUAACCUCGGCUCCAGAAAGAACAUCUUCAAAGUCGGUCAUUCACGAAUCAAUGCGUCGAACAAUUUCUUCUACUAAGCCACCUGACGUACAGGUUUCUGCGGACACAAAAGACGAAACAUUCAGCUCAUCUGCUGUUCAAGACCUGGUUCAGCAGAAACCUGCAGAAACAGAUUCAAACAAUUAUUCGCUCUCCGCAGGAGCUCAGCUGAUCACGACCAAAAAAAUAAGUACGCGACAUAAGACCAACGAACCUGUUCAGCGCUCAUUCUUUGAACGAAUCGAAGGAUCUAACUAUCAGACAAUUGACAGCGCCAUGCAACGCGGCCAGCUUGUGUCAUCCGGGGGUAAAUACGAUUUCCAGGAGUUUCAAGUCACGGCAAGCAGCGAACCCACACAAGCUACUGCCGAAAUCGCUUGCGAAUGUGAAUCGCUUCCUGAUAAGGCCCCUCAAGACUUGAGUACGGAAUAUGUCAGCGCACACAAAGAGAAGCAAGUUGAAGAUAAAGCCGGAAGUACAACAGCUGUAGCGCUCACACCGCUUCCAGAGCUUUCACUGAUUGGGUCGACCCCUAAGGCAUCGUCCGAAGAAAUUCGUUCAAGCGAGACUGAGCGACCUGUUUGCAAAGUCACUGAUCGAGAUGACGCGUUACAAUGGCCCGCCCGUCUUGACACUACAGAGCGUCGUAGCACUAGGCUGGGAGAAGCUGCCGCCCUUUUCGAUGCUCCUUCAGACGUCGUGCACACUGGGCACAGCAGAAUCAAAGUACAGAACAAAGAGAUGACCGAGCAGGUAAGACAGGCCGAGGAGCAGAAGGGUGGUUACGAAGAAGUUUCUGGAAGGAAAAUUUACGACACAGCUAUGCAAGAAGGCACCGCUCCCGCACCAGUAAGCGAGGCGCUUAUAAAGCCCCAAAUAGCUCCUAUUACGUACGGCGCUGAACAAGAAGAGCGGGUCAGUCAACCGACAAAUGAUCAGCCCCGCGUAGAUAGCAGCCUCCUACAGUACACCCCUGACGAGUACAUCCUGGCUGAGUUAGUUCGUGAAGUGGAAAAGAAGAUCGAAGCUAGCUCUCGUUACCACGUCGAACCUCUCCCUGAUGACGUACUUACGAUACGAUCAUCCAAAGGAAUCGAGUCUCUUGGCCGGCUAAGGUACGAGACAUAUGAAGAGGAGCUCCUCAUGCGGCGCAGUGAGGACGAUCUGUCUCAAGAACAGGAAAGGUCAACAGCAGAAGCACUUGAACAACCUGCGACCGCAGUGCAACAACCUGUCAUGGGCCUUGACCAGGAGGGAUAUGCGGGGGUCCUUGAAGAAUAUUAUGAACGUAUUGAGAAAAGGCAACCAGAACCAGAGCCAGAAGAGCCGACCAAAGCAGGCGCACAGCCUUCAGUAGAUAUUGGUGAAGAAAUCAAGGCGAAAGUUGAAGAGCACAAAUCCGCAGUUACCACAAAGGCGCAAGAAAAACACCGUGUUCUCGCGGAAGAACACGACCAAUGGGAAGGUAAAGAUGCUGAAAGCAAAGAGGUGGAUGGCAAGGAAGUUUUCUCCGAAAGACCAUAUGAUGCUAUUCGAGAAGAAAGACAUAGACAGUUCGAGCAGCGUUGGAAUGAUGUGCCUGUUUCAAUAGAAAGAGAAGGGAGAACAGCAUCAGUGCAGGACAAAGGAACGCUUGAAAUAGCCCAGAGGACCACUUUGACGACGGAUCAAGGCGAAACUAAAAAACUUCAAGACAAAGUUUUUGUGAAGAAACAUCAAGGUGAACGGACGUCUGAAAAUGCGGUGAGGCGCUUCAUAGCGGCAGCCAUCGAAGAAGCGGCGAAGCGCGAAGAAACUACCAAAUCCGUUAAGCGAUUUAGGGAGUACCCCUGCUUGCAAGAGGCGCCCGCGAGGAUACGUUCGGGGUCACCAUACACUUCUGCAACUGACUUAGCUUCCCGCAAAGAAGAGGAACGCCGUCUUGCCGACAAAAAAGUGCAGCAAGAGAAAGCCAUACCACAGCUUGUGCGUUGCAAGUCCAUUGCAGAGUUAAUUGAAAAAAUCAUUCAGCAGCACGUCAGUGGAACCGACAUCCACAAACAAGGCAUGGUGCAUCAGAAACAGGUGCAGGCACAGGACUUCACAAGCGCGCAAGCUCCAAGUUUCCCGCCCAACAUGGGACAACAGGAAAUACCUGUCUAUUACCAGACGGGGACGGUUAGCCAAAAGCCAGGUGAUCAGUACGUCAACGACUAUCGUUGCUCUUUGCAAGGCGCUCCACGGAAGAGCGACACCCAGUUGGAGAGCACUUCCCAUACGGACCGCCGGUUCUCGUUCUCAGCGUUGGGCGGCCGCGGCGCCAAAUGUGUAAUUCGAAAACUUGAACCUGGAGCUUUAACUUACCUAGUCGAAGUAGCGCCCGCAGAUAAAAACCAAGAAAAUCAAACCGACAUGGUCAUGGCCGAAGAGCAAAUGCUGGUCAGCGAAAUUUUUGACCAUAUAACAACACCUAAUUUGCGUGUGUCUUCCUCAGGCACUAGGCUCAAGGAACCGGCACCAAUCACUGUUUCACCUGCUGAGAGCUUAACUGCCAUAAGGAACGCCUAUGCAGAGGCCGUUGCUUGGCGUGUAUUGCGCAAGCAAUCGCCUCAGGGCACCGAGGGUGUCCUUUCCGACGCGCAGAAGGCGAAAUUUUACGAGAAUAGACAGGGUAUGAACGUUGAAAAGACAGCCUCGUCGACGUCGUUGCAGAGCGCACCUUCUGUGGAAGACUAUUUCGUACAAAGAAUGCUCGAUUCAGGCAUAAUAAGAAACCAGGCGGAACUACGGGGCAAGAAGCCACUCAAUCUCGAGAAUAGAGUCGUCUCGCGAACGUUGUCAACGGGCACAUUCUCCAAGGCGGGCGCGUCGUCUGAAGCGAUUGCUGCGCCACCUCCGACACCAUCACGUAACGUGGAGCACGGAGAGAAUGUCCAAGGAGGAGCGGAGUAUUGCUUAGGCGCGGCCCAGGACUCGACAGCACAGGCCCCUGAAAAAGAAGAAGCCCCGCGGGACGCUGCAUUCGAAGAGGCGAGAAACUUGACUGCCGCAGCGUCGAAUUUUGUCGGAAAUGAGAAGCAGGCGAUGGCAGCAACUUCGGCAGAAAGCUACGAAGAGAAACGUUCGUCGACUUUCGCGUCGAGCGAGAGGUCCACUCGGGAAUCUCGGAGGACAGCCACAGUGGAAGCGACUGCGACGUCAGAAGAGCAGCGCUUUGUGGCGGAGCAGCCCUCCGCAGCCAGCUUGAAGAGCGCCGUAAGCAUCGGUUUGGGGGAGUGCACAUUGUGUAGGAACCGCAUUUCUCCGGAAAAAUCGUUCGAGUCAUUCAUCUGCUUUGGCCUUCAUGAUCUGCCCAACUACUUUGCGACCGUUCCUUCUGAAGUGCGUGACACUGUCAAGCUGAGAAUUGCCACCGACGACGACGUGAGAGAGAUCAUGUAUCUGCCUUGGAAAGAACCGGAAUCCACGUACACUCUGCACGCCGCAAUAGUCACGAGGCACAUGCUUUGCCCAAGUAGCUUCUUCGUCGCCGUCGACACCUCACGAGGGCUCAUCUGCGGCGCCGCGAGCGUGCUCGUGUUCGACGAAGAGGUCGCCUUCUGCGGCUUCUGCCACAUCCGCGAGAACUACGCGUUCGAGCACGUGGGCGUCCUGCUGUGGAACGAGCUGCUGCACGUCACCAGCGGCAAGAACCUGUUCACCCUGCUGCCCGAGCCCGCCUGCCGGGAACUGCAGGAGGUCUACCCGUUCCCGUCGAACCCCGCGACGGGCAUCCUCUUCGGGCCGACCCGGCUCUCGCGGGCCGCGUUCGCGCGCACCGUCCUGGUGCUCGAGUACAAGGACAAGUACUUCGACGCUCUCGCCUCGUACGACAAGCACGUGUUCGGCUUCAACCGCAAGCGCUACUUGGCCUCGACCGUGCACGAGGUCGGGCUCGACAUCCGCGUGGCCACGCGCAACGAGCGCAACAUUUGCGGCUACGGCGGCAUGCAGCGAGACAGCGCCGGUCGCCUGGUGCUGCGCUGGCUGUUCGCCGACGACGCCGAGACGGCCGAGUCGCUGCUGUCCAGCCUGCUGGCCUCGUGCAGCCACGAGGACGAGGUGGAGGUGGUGGCCGCGUUCUUCCUGCGCUCGGCUGCCACGCGACCUAUCCUCGACAAGCUCAGCACCCGCCAACUCGAGCCGUGGCGCCUCGUGUACACCAAGAGGGAACCCCUGCACAGCUACGGCAGGGUCAUCUGCCUCACCACCGUCUAGCUGCACUUCGUCGCGGUGGCCUCGACGAGCCGUUGUGGCGGGCGCAAAAUUUAAAAUAUUCACCUCCCUUUCUUUUUCAUUUGCUGGGUAUAUAUUUGUCAAAACGUAAUGGC